AUGGCCCCCAAGGCGGAGCGUACCAUUACCGACUUUUUCAAACCAUUCGCCCAGCCAAAAGUCAAGCGCAUAAUUGCUGGAGAAGGAAGGAGCGCGUCGGAGCCUCAAAACGCGCCUGCCGUAGCCACCAAGGUGCGGCAACAACAGGAGCAACAGCAAAGUGCAAAGUCCCGUUUCUCCAUGCCACCCACCAGAUCCGCUUCUUCCAAUCUUCGAAAGAUUCAGGUCUUGCCUUCCAAGGAGACAAAAAUAGACGAUCCCAUCCCUACGCCAAUACCUUCAAGUCCGCCUGUGUACCAUGCACCCACCUCACGCAUCCCACGAGAGCUAAGCCCUCUCACGUCGCCCGAGUCUAGCCCUAGCCCUCCCUCACCUCCGCCGACCGUCCCCAAAAAGCAGCCAACCAUGGAUCCCUCCGUGUCUUCUUCGUCUCUAUCAAGCCUUCCGAUCAGCUCGCAAUCCUCUAGUAAACGCAUCAUUCGAGACGGCAUGUUGGCUGUGACAAACUCGGACUCCGACAGCAUUGAUGCUGAUUCAGAUCCCUUGGAUGACAUCGACGAAUUGAUCCGACGAAAGCGCCUGAAGAUGACCCCGCCUGCUACAUCUUCAGAGACCCCACAACGUCCUUCCAACUCUGCGCGUGAGCUGAGGAGCUCCACUCGUCGUGACAGGCCAUCGAUCUCCAAGUCCAAGUUGGCCCAACCUUCUCGAAAGAAGUACAAGUUCAGCAUGGCUUCCCUGGUCGCCUCUCACAACAGGGAUGCCAAAUCUAUCCAAAAGAUCCAAGAGUACGAGGACGAAUAUAGACAGGAAAUGGAUUUGACAGCACGUCAAGAACAGGAGCUUAGACAGACGUCUGACAUGAAUGCCGAGGAGUUCGCCGCGCAUCUGCAGGCAGAUGACGGCGAUGAUGAGACAAGGGAGCGUGUCGUGCGCGCGAUCGAACGCAACGAUCUGCUGGAAAAGCAUGUUCAGUAUCCUUUCUUCAGACAUGCCGACCCUAGAACACACCUGUCCAAGCCGUUUCCCGACACAACUCUCUUUACACAGGAUUGGACAAGCUUGCUCCAGGAUCAAAGUAUGAGGGAACAAUCAUUCACAAGUGGAUUCGUGGCAGAUAUGGCUCGCGUAUCUGCCCUGCCUGACGAGCUUGUCCAGUGGAUGCUGUCCGAACUACUCCAAGACCUCGAGGACGGCCUGGCUAGUGCCUAUGUGAGUGCGUUAGAAUACUCGUUUUCUAGCACUUCCUUUACGACCGACCACCUACGUCGACAGUUUCUUCUGCGAGCAGGCAGAGAGGAUCUCGAGCCAGAUCUGUUUUCCGACAUGUCAUCAAGGCCUCCUCCUGCUCAUCAAAGACCUUACGUAGAGGACAUGCCUCUGAGCCUCGAUUGGGCGUGUGUGCUCUUGAUGAAACUUGCGAACAGACUGCCUAUUGCUGAACGGAGGAGCUGGCUCACACCUUUGAUGCUCUUACUUGUGGACCCGCAACUAGAACAGAAGGCAGAGACCCAACUAGCACUUCAAAGUUGCAUUGCAAACUUGCUCGAAGCUGAUCUCACGCCUUCUAUUCAAAUGACAACGGUCGAACACAUUGGACAGCGCAUUCGCGCACACAUCCCAAACCCUAUCCUGAUACAACAUCUGAUUGGGUCCCUCUCCUCGUCGACGAGCGCAUCGCAUGGUUUCAAGCGGCGUCUGGGAUUGGCAUCAUUCCUCAAGUCCAACACGUAUCUCGAUGACGACCUCGACGACCUGGCGACCAUGAAGACGUUGACGCUAUGUCUUCAAGAGAAUAGAACGUUUAGGAUUAGAGACAAUACCGACUUCCAGAAAUUGGCAGCUCGGUUCGAUACACUGAACGUAGCUAUUGGACUUGGAUUCUCCAAAUUCGAAUUUCGUGGUGAAGAAGCGACAUCCAAGACCGAUAACACAAUCAACACAGACACGACGGUAGUAAGGUCACCAGUGUCGGCGGAAGAAAGCAACUUCAACUCGGGCAUAGAUGGAUUAGUGGAAGAGUUACGGUCGAUAGCGUUCAACAUUCGGGACUCUGGAGCGGCGCACAUGCGAAGAACCGAGUGCAAGACGGCGAUCGAGAAGCUGUCGUACAGACUCGAGUUCGCAGCAAGGACCAGGCCGAAGCCCAAAAAAGGAAUAUUCGGAGCGGCUGAGGGCACAAGCGACAUGAUUAGAAACUUUGUCGCAAGACGUGAGCAGGACACGGCUAUGGGAAAUGGGGUCGAGAUCAGCAGCGAUGCUGCCUAG